UGGGAAAAAAGGGAUAUUGUAGAUUUGAUACGAUAUUAUAUAAUCAUAAAUGUUGGUCCUCAAGAAGGCGGGUGAAGAUUUAAAGAUCGAGGCGAAGGAGAAAAGGGAUUUACAGAAACACACAGUCCCUUUUUUGAAAACUGAAGAAAAACAGACAGAGCGUUGUUAAUGGCGAUUUUGUCUAAGCUCUUCUGUCAAUCCACUUCAACUCUUACAGUUUUUUAAACCCUUGUUUCCCCUCUUCUGAUUCCUUGUUUCACUCGGCACUCAAAUCGUCCUUUUCUGAGAUGAUGAUGGAGAUGGAAUGGCCUUCUUGUCUUGAUGAAUAUGAAAAGCUUGUUAUUAGGAUGAACACGCCCAGGGUUGUGAUUGACAAUGGGGCUUGCUCUACGGCCACUUUAGUGAAGGUUGAUAGUGCUAGAAGAUAUGGAAAUCUCUUGGAGGCUGUACAGGUUCUUACUGAUUUGAACCUUUCAAUCAAGAAAGCUUAUGUUUCUUCAGAUGGAAGAUGGUUCAUGGAUGUGUUUCAUGUUACUGAUCAGAACGGCGAGAAAUUGACUGACGAGAGCGUGAUUAGCUACCUCGAACAGUCGCUUGGGACGACUCAUUAUCGGAGGAAUGAAGAAUUUAACGGUACCACCACGACCUUGGAGCUCACUGGGACCGACCGUGUUGGUCUUCUUUCGGAGGUGUUUGCUGUUCUAGCUGAUCUGCAAUGUGAUGUGGUGGAGGCAAAAGUUUGGACUCACAAUGGCAGGAUUGCUUCCUUGAUCUAUGUCAAGGACUGCAACUCAGGUUCCCCUAUAGAAGAUCAACAGAAAAUCGACACUAUUGUUGCACGAUUGAGAAGUGUUCUUAAGGGAGACAAUGACAUUCGUAGCGCCAAGACUUUGGUCUCAAUGGCAGUCACACACACCGAAAGGAGACUUCAUCAAAUGAUGUUUGCUGACCGUGAUUAUGAAAGGAAGCCUAUCUUGAAGUCAAAUGCCAAUAACUCCCCCACUGUGACGGUUCAGAAUUGCGCCGAAAGGGGUUACUCGGUUGUGUAUGUUCAAUGCAAAGAUAGAACGAAACUAUUAUUUGAUGUGAUUUUCACUUUGACAGACAUGGAAUAUGUGGUGUUUCAUGCCACAAUCAACACUGCAGAAGAAAGAGCAUAUCUGGAAUUCUACAUCAGACAUAGCGAUGGAACCCCAAUUAGCUCCGAAGCCGAAAGGCAGCGAGUUAUUCAAUGUUUACAAGCUGCUAUUCAAAGAAGAGCAUCUGAGGGUGUGAGGCUAGAACUAUGCACAACAGACAGGCCAGGCCUUUUAGCAGAUGUCAUGAGGACGUUCCGAGAGAAUGGUCUGAACGUGACGAGGGCCGAGAUCUCCACCACAAGGGACAUGGCUCUAAAUGCCUUCUAUGUGACCGACGUAGUAGGAAAUGCAGCUGAUCCAAAGACCAUCGAGUCAGUUAGACAAAGGAUUGGAUUGAGUAACUUGAAAGUGAAGGAACUUCCAUCGACUUAUCAUCAAACGACGGAGAGGGAAGAACAAACACUUGGAGUUGGUGGGGCCGUGUUGUUUACUCUUGGAAGCAUGGUGAGGAGGAAUCUAUACAAUCUAGGACUGAUCAAAUCAUGUUCGUGAAAGAGGUCGAUUCGAUACACUACAAAAGAAAGGAAAAAAAAAAGGUCAUUUGAGAGAAAGGAUUGAUUGGUUUUUACUUUAUGAGAAAUAUUCUUUGCUUCUGGUUAUAUGAUUUUGUGUAUAUAAAGAAUAGAUAGAAAAAGGAGAAAAGGUGGAAUUUGGUGAUGGGUAGUUAUAGUUUGGUUUAUUUAGGUUUUUUGGAAACAUAUUUUUCAAAGGUUAGAAGGAUAUGAAAUGUUACAUAUAUAUCUAUGGGUUUGUUGAUGGCAGUGAAAGAAAAGAGGGUAGUUUUUUAGUAUACAAAGUUCAACACAGUGAUGUAAAUACCAAGUUUUAUAUUAAUGGAAUGGAAAAAUAUUGGGUUGA